CUUUACUCCAAUGCGGAAGAGGUCGUCAUCGUAAAAGCUGUGAGUUGGAAGAUCCUUAAAGCCUGAAAAUGUCGUGGAUACGGGAAGGUGAAUUAAAUCUGCUUGAAAAGAUUUCAGCAAAUAUCCUGAAGGCUGGACCCAUGCCUAAACAUGUGGCCUUCAUCAUGGAUGGUAACCGUCGCUUUGCACGGAAGAAAAAUAUGGAGCGUCAGGAAGGACAUAUGCAGGGCUUCAACAAGCUGGCAGAGACAUUACGCUGGUGUAAGCAUCUGAACAUCCAAGAAGUUACAGUGUACGCCUUCAGCAUCGAGAAUUUCAAGCGCACUAAAAACGAGGUGGAUGGGCUGAUGGAGCUAGCCAAGCAAAAGUUUGAAAAGCUGUUGGAGGAGCGGGACAAUCUGGAGAAGCAUGGUGUGUGUAUCCGGGUGCUGGGCGACUUGAAUAUGCUGCCACUAGACCUUCAGCAGCUAAUUGCCAAAGCUGUGGUCAUAACCAAGUCGCACAAUAAGUGUUUCCUGAACGUGUGCUUUGCUUACACGUCAAGAUAUGAAAUCACCAACGCUGUCAGAGAAAUGGCUUGGGGAGUGGAGCAGGGUCUGAUCAAAGCAAGUGAUGUUUCAGAGUCGUUGCUAAGUGAGUGUUUGUACAGCAAUAAUUCUCCCAAUCCCGAUCUGCUCAUCCGCACCUCUGGAGAGGUACGACUCAGCGACUUCCUGCUUUGGCAGACUUCCCACUCCUGUUUAGUGUUUCAGUCAGUUCUGUGGCCGGAGUACUCGUUCUGGAACCUGUGUGAAGCCAUUCUCCAAUAUCAAUUAAAUCACAAGUCCAUUCAGAAAGCCAGAGACCUCUAUCGAGAGGAUCAGGCCUUACAGCAGCUAGAGGCAGAUCGUGCCUGUGUAGCAGAGCACCUGCAGCAUCAUGGGAAUGGUAAGCCUGCUGACGCCCAGAGAAGACAAGAGGCGCUGCUGCACUACACCACCUGCCGAGAAGAACGGAUCCAGGACUUCCUAGACGCACUGAAGCACAAGAGAGACUCUUUCUUUAAUGACUUAACGAGCAACGCCGUCUCUGCCUAGGAGGGCGAAGAACAAACCCCAUGUUGAAGUGGGGAUGAAACCUCUCCUGUCCUCAUCCCAAAAGGGCUUUCUGUGGAAAAGUGAGGAACGAACAGUACCUGGGAAUGAUGUCAUUGUGUUACUGAUCUGUAUGAGAUGAGAGGGUAAUUUUACCCCUAUGGGGCUGUAGAAAAAUGGAUAUUUAUGAUUGUAGAUUUAAAAAAAAAAGUCUAAUUGUGGAAAUGUCUGGUCAAGAUGUAGUUAAGUAAUUGUGUAAAUUGUCUGUGAAAUGCAUGCCAUUGAUUGGAAGAUGACAUAUAUGAGUGAAAGCCAGGGAUCGCGUGUUUUCUCACACGUUCACGAAUCAACCGUCCAGAUUAAUAUAGAUCAGUGCAGUUUUGCAUUUUUGUUGUGGCUUAAAGGAAGUGUUGUUUUUUGAGUGUGAUGUGUGUGAUGACAUAACUAGAUUUUGACCAGCUUUCUUUAACAGAAUAAAGCAAUUACUGUAUGUCAGAUAUGAGAAAGUAAUAUACAGUUCACUCUUUUGUACUUACAAAUGUCAGUGCUAUGGCCAUCUUAACUUGUGCAGCAGAAAAAUAGCACAUUUUAAGGUCCAUGCUGCUGUUGUAUACCAUUUUAGGGGACACAAAGUGACUGUAUUUGGUUUCCCAUGAGAUUACUGAGGAAAAGCUUUCAGCAGAUACAGACAUCAAGUUAACCUUUAAUUUCUGUGAGUACCUGUUGUAAGUAUUGGAGCUCUUUACUAAUUGACGUAGUAAAUAUGCCAUUUAAAUUAAGACAUUUAUUGUGUAUACAACAUCAGUCUGAUUAUACAUAGUUUUGAUUUUUCUCAAAGCAGAUCUUUAGUUAACAGUUGUAUGACUUCCAGUCAUCUAUCUAACUCAAGUAAAGGAACUAAUAUUUUUCAA